GCCAGCCCCGAGGCCCGGGCAAAAGGCUGGGACUUUACUCCGGCGGCAGAGAGCGACCCGUGCUCCAUCAGCUGCCGCAACCGCCGCGCCCGCGCCCGAGCCACGAUGAGCGGCAGAGUCGGAGAUCUGAGCCCCAAGCAGAAGGAGGCGCUGGCCAAGUUUCGGGAGAAUGUCCAGGAUGUGCUGCCCAUUCUGCCAAAUCCAGAUGACUAUUUUCUCCUGCGCUGGCUCCGAGCUAGAAACUUUGACCUGCAGAAGUCCGAAGCCAUGCUCCGGAAGCACGUGGAGUUCCGAAAGCAAAAGGACAUUGACAACAUCAUGAGCUGGCAGCCUCCAGAGGUGGUCCAACAGUAUCUGUCAGGGGGCAUGUGUGGCUAUGACCUGGAUGGCUGCCCCGUCUGGUACGAUGUCAUUGGACCUCUGGAUACCAAGGGUCUGCUCCUCUCAGCCACCAAACAGGACUUGCUCAAGACGAAGAUGCGGGACUGUGAGCGGCUUCUUCAGGAGUGUGUCCGCCAGACCGAAAAGAUGGGGAAAAAGGUGGAGACAGUCACCCUGAUUUAUGACUGCGAGGGUCUUGGCCUCAAGCAUCUCUGGAAGCCUGCGGUGGAGGCCUAUGGAGAGUUUCUCUGCAUGUUUGAGGAAAACUAUCCUGAGACACUGAAGCGUCUUUUUGUUGUUAAAGCCCCCAAGCUGUUUCCUGUGGCCUAUAACCUCAUCAAGCCCUUCCUGAGUGAGGACACUCGCAAGAAGAUCAUGGUCCUGGGAGCAAACUGGAAGGAGGUUUUACUGAAAUAUAUCAGCCCUGACCAGCUGCCUAUGGAGUAUGGGGGUACCAUGACUGAUUCUGAUGGAGACCCCAAGUGCAAAUCCAAGAUCAACUAUGGGGGUGACAUUCCGAAGAAGUAUUAUGUGCGAGAUCAAGUGAAACAGCAGUAUGAGCACAGUGUGCAGAUUUCUCGUGGCUCCUCCCACCAAGUGGAGUAUGAGAUCCUCUUCCCCGGCUGUGUCCUCAGGUGGCAGUUCAUGUCAGAUGGUUCAGACAUCGGUUUUGGGAUUUUCCUGAAGACCAAAAUGGGGGAGCGGCAGCGGGCAGGGGAGAUGACGGAGGUGCUUUCCAACCAGAGGUACAAUGCCCACCUGGUCCCUGAGGAUGGGACCCUCACCUGCAGCAAUCCUGGCAUCUAUGUCCUGCGGUUUGACAAUACCUACAGCUUCAUUCAUGCCAAGAAGGUCAGUUUCACUGUGGAGGUCCUGCUUCCAGACAAAGCCUCAGAAGAGAAGAUGAAACAGCUGGGGGCAGUCACCCCAAAGUAAUGCCUCCUCCCACAGAAGGCCUGGCUCCCUCAGUGUCUCCCUGUCAGUUUCUGUCCCUUGUAGCAGUCAUUUGCCCAGUAUCCAGAUGCCUCCCAAAAAACUGGGCUACAAGAAAGACCUUGGGCUGGA